AUGUAUCUACAUCUCAUAUCUUUAAUGGCCUUUUUAUUGGCCGAUUCAUCAAAACGCGAAGAAAACACCCCAACAUCUACGGUUAAUCCCAUCAAGAUUUUGAAGAAACCGAAUCAAGCUCAGGAUUGUGUCGAUUCACGUUUACGCGCAGGACGAUGUGUUACACUGGCAAUGUGUCCCGAUAUGGUCCAGGAAUAUUACGACGAAAUUCGUAAAACAUCAUAUGCAGCAGAUUUUCAAACGUUUAUGAGUAAUUCUAUUUGCGGAUUUGAUGGCAUGAAUUUUUUGAUUUGCUGCGGAACUUCCCAUAGAACAACGCCACCAUCAAAAUCACAAAUGAUUAUGUCCUUUAGUACAACGCCAACGCCAGCGUAUCCAUCAAAAGUAUUCCUGUUUUCGUCAUUGGGAAAUUAUAACUCAAAUACUCAGACAUUAACAACACAACCACCGGCUAUGUUAUAUCCACAGGUUAGCUAUCCCGGUGUUUCAAAUACGCCAACUACAGUGUAUCAGCCACAACCACAGCCACCAGUUAACAGUGGUGGAACAAACGUUUAUCAACCCAUACCACAACAACCGGUGGGACCAAUUAUUCUCACUACACCACGGCCAACAUCUCCUGUAGGACCUACCAACCAAUUACCGCCUUCGCAAGCUACAAUGGAAACAUGCGGCAUAAGUCGUGGUAAUACAAAUCGUGUUGUGGGCGGAACAGAAGCAAGGAGAGGAGCCUAUCCCUGGAUGGCAGCCUUGGGCUAUCGUGAUGAACUCAAUCCAACCACAAUAAAAUUUUUAUGUGGCGGUAGUUUAAUAUCAUCGAAAUAUGUUCUAACCUCGGCGCAUUGUAUUAAUACGAAUUUGAUAUUGGUCCGCUUGGGUGCCCAUGACCUUUCGAAUCCAGCCGAACCCAAUGCAGCGGAUUAUAGUGUUCGCCGUACCAAAGUUCACGAGGAAUUCGAUUUGAGAACUAUAGCUAAUGAUAUAGCAUUGAUUGAAGUAUCACCGAAUGUUGUGAUGACAAGUAAGUUUGGAAUUUCACCGAUUUGUUUACCGGAAUCUUCGACAUUCUUAACACAAGACUUUGUUGGUAUGAACCCGUUUGUAGCCGGCUGGGGAGCUAAUAAACAUCAAGGCAUUACCUCCAAUGUGUUGAUGGAUGUUCAAGUGCCAAUUGUUAGUCGACAGUCGUGCGAACAAAGUUAUCGAACCAUUUUUAAUUUCGUGCAGUUCAGUGAUAAGGUAAUUUGUGCUGGUAAUUCCAAUGUGGAUGCUUGUCAAGGGGAUUCCGGUGGUCCAUUGAUGAUGCCUCAGUUGGUGGGCUCCACCUAUCGUUACUUUUUACUUGGCACCGUUUCGUAUGGCUAUGAAUGUGCACGCACGGGGUUUCCUGGUGUCUACACGAGAGUUGCUGUCUACAUGCCAUGGAUAAAACAAAAUAUGAUAUACCAACGGCCAUCCGAACACUUUGAUAUUGGUAGUUGGACGAAGGGAAUUAGUUUAGUUGGUUUACGACCAGAGAGACGGUCAAACGAUUUAAUAAAUCGAAUAUUAUUUCAAUUCGAAAUGCUGUCAAUCACUUCAAUUUUAUGGUUGAUUACCUAUUGCGUUUGUUGGAAUGGUUGUUGGGGUCAUCGUGGUUUCAUUAAUGGUCCCGGUCCAUCGAAUGGUGGUGGUGGCAGCUUUUGUCAAACACCCUUGGGCGAUAUGGGCUCGUGUGUUUCUCUGAAAUAUUGUCCCGAAGUGUUGACAUUAUUUCAACGUUUGGAUACGAACUCAGCUAAGCAAUAUUCGUCGGAGUUACAAAGACGUUGUGGGAAUCGUUUAACCUACGAUCAAUAUCCGGUGCUCUGUUGCAAACAUGUGGUAAUGACCCCAAUGAAUGAAUCACCAUCUGAUACUCAUAAGCGGAGUGGAGGAGUGACAACUACGACUAGCACAACAACUACAACGACUGAAGCACCAACAUCGAAUGCAGACAGAACUGCAAAUAAAAAUAGCAAUUCUGCCAAUGUGCUGUGUCUAACAACGGAAUCAACAUCGGGACUUUGUAAACCACUGCGAGAAUGUUCCCAACUUCUACAACAACUGCAGGCAAAUCCCGAUAAUGAAGAUAUAAAAGCGAAGCUAAGAAGAUCUCAUGAUCGUUGCGGUAAUGAAAAUACCAUGGUUUGUUGUCCAACGGAGGACAAUGGUGAUUCCGAUACGACCACGAACAGAAGAAAUAUAAAUCGUCGACAAAUGACAAAUCAACAAAAUACUCCGUCAUUGCCCAGCGAAGAGGAUGGCUGUGGUCUAGUCAAUCAGACUGCACCGAAAAUUGUUGGCGGUGAUGAAAGUCAAAUUGGCGCCUGGCCAUGGAUGGCCCUAAUCGGUUAUGAUCCCUAUAGUGUGCGGCCGUUUAAAUGUGGCGGAACUUUAAUCUCAAAUCGUCAUGUGAUAACGGCAGCUCAUUGUAUACGGCGCGAUUUAUCUUUUGUACGUCUAGGAGAAUUUGAUUUGUCUUCGGAAACCGAAACUACUUAUUUGGAUGUUAAUGUCGUAAAACAUUCAACACAUCCCCAAUUUGGUAAAAACCGAAGAUCCGAUUUGGCGAUUUUGCUAUUGGAGACAAUUGUACAAUUUACAGAUCUAAUCGCCCCCAUCUGUAUGCCCAACUCGGAACAAUUACGAUCAAAAUCCUAUGUGAAUAGUAUGCCAUUUGUUGCCGGUUGGGGUAACACGGAACAGGGAGGUACAUCGUCGCAAGUGUUAAAGGAAACUCAAUUGCCAGUGCAAGCAAAUGAAGUUUGUCGUCAAAUCUAUAAACGACUCGUGCCCAGUGUACCCGAUGAAGAUUAUGGUGAUGCAAUAAUAUGUGCUGGUUACACCGUCGGUGGAACAGAUACAUGCCAGGGUGAUUCGGGUGGUCCAUUAAUGAUACCGGAGCUAUAUAAGGGUAUAACACGUUACUAUUUGAUUGGUGUCGUCUCCUAUGGCCACGGUUGUGGGAAAGUGCCGGGUAUUUAUAUUAGCACUCAACAUCAUAUGGAUUGGAUUUCGGAACAAAUAGAAAAAAUGUGAUAUUA